AUGAAGGUGGCCUACUUUUUGUCCGCUCUGGACUUGCUCAUUAUUUUCAGCUUGUACUUGGGAGGGACGUGUAGCGGUUUCGUGGGCAUUGAUGCCUGUAUAACACAUGGCCGAAUUUUGGAUGAAGCGCCGAAGGAGACCGCCGGUGUGAGCGGUGGUUCAAGCGGUGAUGCGAAAGGCGAUACGAAUGGUGAUGCGAGUGACACCACGAAUGCUGUAGCCAAUGGUACCGGCAAUGGUACCGGUAACGGGGCCUCCAGCGGUGAUGCAAGUGGCGGUUCCAACCCCCCCACGGAGAACAGUGGUAGUGAGGGAAGUAACCCAGAGAACUCAUCUACUCCUUCCAGCAACUCGCCAACGACUGGCGAGAAGAAGACCCCUCCAGGUAGCGAAGGUCAAACGGGUGACCCCAAUGUACAGGCAACAAAGGAAGAUGAUGCCGACCAGGACGGCGAUGAUUACAGCGAUGCAGAGGAUGAUGGGCCAUACGAUUUACAUGACCAUGACGAAAAUGAAAAUUUAUGUUUGGAUAAUAAUGGUGGAUGUGGAGAUGACAAAAUAUGUGAAGAGUUAGGGAAGGGGAUAGUGAAGUGUUUGUGUAAACCUGGGUAUAAGUUGGUUGGCAUUGAGUGUGUGGAGUCAUCCACAUCGUCUUCCUUGAAUUCUUUUUUUUGUUGGUUUCUGCUUCUGAUUAUUGUUUUGGCUUCCAUUAAUUAA